CUGCAAGCUCUUUGCUUUCAUCGACCUUGCUAGUACGUCAAUUACGACGUCCGCGAAUAUACGUCUUCCAUUUGCCCCAGGACAAGGACUGAGGUGCUCGCCUGGAAGUCUGUCACUGGGGCAUGCUGCCUAGGUAUCCGCAUUUCCACUACAGAGGCUUGCGAAGUUUCCACGAGAUUAGGCGUCAGAGUCAUUUAGGUUGUCUUCACGGCGUUCUUGUGAUGAUACGAAUCCACCAGAUAUCAGGCAAGGAAGUGGCCAGUUUGGAUGAACAUGGAGUUCGGCAAGUCACAGAGACGCAUGGCAACUCUGUCAUUGCGUUGAAACGUCACUUGCGAACAAUUUGUGAUGUACCGAUCUACAGGUUCAGAUUAGUUCGCCAGGGUGAGGUCCUUCGUGAUGAACACCAGUUGAACGAUUUGAGUGCACCAACUGAGCUUCAGAUGACGAUACACGACUUCACAGAUCCGGAUGAAGACCAAAUAAAACGUUUUCUGAAAGCUGCUGAAGAUGGUGAAACCGCUUCUUUAGAGGCUAUGCUGCAUGCACCGAUGAACCCAAAUCAACUUUUGCCUGACGAUCCCGAUUCAGAUGAGCCGAAUCCAAACCUAGCGCCACAUUUGCCUCGUUUUGUUCGGCGAAAUCGGCAUGCUGGCAUAUCAGCCUUGCAGCUUGCUGCGCAAGCUGGUCAUCUUGAGUGCGCAAGGAUUUUGAUUGAUGCCGGAGCGAUCAUUAAUCGCGAAAAUUGGCUGGGCGAAACACCUUUACAUCUCUGUUGCAAGCUUGGUCACUGGGAGGUUGCAGAGCUCCUAGUCGAGGCCAAAGCUUCUGCUGACACGGCAGAUUUGCGAGGGACUACGCCGAUAGAAACUGCUUGCACCAAUGGCUUUGACAAUAUUGUUCGCGUGUUACUCCAUGCAGGUGCUACCAAGCCUCCUCUUUCACUGGCUUGCCAGCAAGCCAACGGGGAAGUCGUGCAGCUCUUGAUUGGUGCUCGUGCUGACAAGAGUGAAGAGGAUCGUGAUGGAAAGACACCGUUGCUAGUUGCCACCUCGCAGGGUCAUGUAGAGGUGGUGAAGGUGUUGAUCAAUGCAGGUGUUUGCAAAGACAAAGUUGAUCGGCAUGGCAGAUCACCCCUAUGGAUGGCUGCUGACCAUGACAAGUUGGAAGUUGCGCGUUUCUUAAUUAAGGCUGGCGUGCAGAAGGAUCAGAUUGAUGCGCAUGGAAGAUCACCCUUGUGGAUCGCUGCCAAUCAUGGGAAUGUCGAAAUUGUGGAACUUCUAAUCAAAGCACGUGCUGACAAAGGUAAGCUUGACCGAGAGGGUAAAUCUCCGCUUUCGAUUGCGAAAUACCGCAGUCAUUUGGAUGUUGUAGAGUUGUUGUCGGGUAUCGAAUCUCGUGCAGUCAGCCCUGCCACAAAGUGCAGGCGACAGGAAUGA